AUGCCGUUAACAGGACUGGAUUUAGCCGUUUAUGGAUUUAAUCGAAAUACUCGGAAAAUAGAGGAAGCAGGGAUUUCGUACGAAUUAAGAAUUAUUCGCGAUAAACUAACACUUGGUGUAAAUACUGAACCUAUUUUGAAACAGUCACCUUCCAUUGAACGCUUUACUGGAAAUUGGACUAAUCUGGGCUGUGCGGAAGGCAAUAGAAACUAUGAAGUGAAUGAAUUUAUGGAUCCGGAUGACGAGCAGUAUCUCAGUUUUUUGAGAAAUUUGGAUUCAAAAUAUUGCAAGGAUCAAGACCACUAUAAAGUCCUCGGGUUAUCAAACUUACGAUGGCAAGCCAGUACUUCGCAGAUUCGUACUGCUUAUCGUGCCAAAGUGCUGAAGCAUCAUCCGGAUAAAAAUAAUGCAGUAAGGAUUGAAGCCACCAAUGGUGAAGACUACUUUACAUGUAUUACCAAAGCUUAUGAGCAAUUAGGAUUAUCGGAGCAGAAAAGAAGAGCCUAUGAUUCUGUAGAUCCGUUAUUCGAUGAUUCGAUCCCAGACGAGAAAAUAAUCAGUCCUGAUAAUUUCUACGAUAUUUUAGCGCCGGUCUUUAUUAGGAAUGCAAGAUGGUCUGUUCGACAGCCUGUACCAUUACUAGGCGAUAUCAAUAGUGUACAAGCUGAGGUAGACAGGUUUUACUCAUUUUGGUUUAAUUGGGAUUCAUGGCGUGAAUUCUCAUAUCUGGAUGAAGAGGACAAAGAGAAGGGAGAAGAUCGGUGGGAAAGGCGUGAAAUUGAAAAAAUAAAUAAGGUUGAACGGGAGAAACGGCGUAAGAACGAAAUGAAACGAAUCAGAAAUCUUGUUGAAAUGGCGUACCGUAAAGAUCCUCGAAUAGCAAUUUUCAAGGAGCAGGAAAAACUGAAAAAAGAGAAACAAAGGGACGAACGCAGGAAAGCUUUGGAAGAAAAAAAAGCCCAAGAUGAGAAGAAAAAAUUGGAAAUUGAACUGGAAAAUAAGAAAAUAGAGGAAGAAAAAUUAGAAAAACAACGGCAGCAACUGGCUUACGAAAAGCGGAUAAAAGAGCAACAGAAAAAACUGCUUGGUGAAGCUCGAAGAAAACUUCGUAGGACAGCUGAGGGUAAGAAUUACUGGGAUGCAGAUAUUUCAUCCAAGUUGUCAUGUUUGGAAGCAAUUGAACAUGUCUGUUUGCGGCUGGAUGCAUUUCAUUUGAAUGAAAUUACCGCCAGGCUUGAAUUAUUAAGCAGUUUGAAAGAAGCAAUGGACACUUUGAAGGUUCAGAUUCAUAAAGAAGUUCCAGAAAGUAUUGAAACGAAAAAUGGAGUUCCUCCUGAAUAUACUACUGAUACCAUAUCUCGUUGGUCCCCCGAUGAAAUCACGUUAUUAGUUAAAGCUACUACUUUGUAUCCUAUUGGCACCAUCAAAAGGUGGUCAGAGAUUGCAAACUAUAUUAAUGAGCACCGUGAAAAUAAACAUGCAAAAAAGAAAACAGAAAAAGAUGUCUUGAUUCAGGUGAAAACACUGAAGUCAUUAAGUAACUCUCAAGAACAUAAGAAAGUGAAGGAUUUUUUGGUCAAUUCAGCAAAAGGAAGUGAACUGGAGUGGAAUGCAGAGGAGCAAAAGUUACUUGAAGCAGCACUUAAAAAAUUCCCCUCAUCAGAUCCAGCCCGUUGGGAAAAUAUUGCGAAUUUUGUGGGGAAAUCGAAGAGGGAAUGUAUACAGAGAUUUAAGUAUCUCGCAGAAGUGGUGAAAAGUAAGAAGGAGCAGUUACCUUAA